UUUUUUUUUUUUUUGGUCCCUUGGCUCUUUUUUGGUCCUCCGCUUUUCACUUUCAAGCCCGUCUGAUCUUUUUCUAUUGUCGCUUUUGUGCUGCUUGUUAUCUGUUUCCUUGCUUUUGCUUUUGCAUGUCCGAAUUAAAGAGUAGAAAGCCUGCUAAUACUGCGUUUAAGCAGCAGCGCCUUAAGGCUUGGCAACCGCUGCUUACUCCUAAAACGGUGCUACCUACCCUAUUUGCGGCAGGCAUCAUAUUUGCACCGUUAGGCGGUCUAUUUCUAUAUGAGAGCGACACGGUGAACGAAAUUAUCAUUGAUUACACAGGAUGCAUCGAUCACACAGGCACUACCCCAGCGACACUUGAUGAUAAGUUUUACAGCUAUAAAUUCACAUCUGAAAACACAACAGUUAUUCGAGCACCAACCUAUCAACUCACCAACUCCACAACGUAUCUUAACAAUCAGACAUUACCCAAUGGCGAAACCGUUCCACGAUGCAUCAUUCAGUUUUCUAUUCCCAUGCCGAUGAAUGCCCCCAUCUACCUCUAUUACAAGCUUACCAAUUUUUAUCAAAAUCACCGUAAAUACGUCAAGAGUCUCAGCUACAAUCAGUUGCAUGGUGAUAUGAUGACUCAAGUCGAUGCGAACUCGUCUUGCUAUCCUGUCGGCGUCGAUCCGGCAGGCAAAAUAUUCUAUCCUUGCGGUCUCAUAGCAAACUCCAUGUUCAAUGAUUCUUUCACUGGUCUCAAGCUACUGAACCCUCGAGGUGGCGAUGGCGAUGAUAUUCCUUAUGCUUUUAGCGAAAAGGGUAUCGCUUGGCCAUCGGAUCGGUCGCGCUUUGGAAAGACUUCUUUACCGCUUGAUCAAAUUGUCCCGCCACCCAACUGGGUCAAACGGUAUCCUAACGGUGUUUAUUCCGCUGAUAAUAUAUUUAAUCCACAAGAAGACGAACACUUUCAAGUGUGGAUGAGAAUCAGCUGGUUCCCCACUUUCAGAAAAUUAUACUCCAAAUAUGAAGGCGAAACCAUGCAGGCUGGAACCUAUGAGAUUCAAGUAGACAUGAAUUACGAUAUCAGAGCCUAUGGGGGUACAAAAUCAAUUGUUAUUACCGGCACUUCAUUCCUCGGUAAUCGUAAUCCAUUUAUGGGACUAUCCUACAUUAUUAUGGGUUGUAUUUGUGCUCUUUUAGGAGUAGUGUUUCUGGGAUGGCACUUUUUCAGACCAAGGUAAAAUCAAUCAUUGAUAUGUAUUCUACUCCAGAAACAAAACCUGAUGAUCAAGUUAUUUGGAUUAGAAAACUCGGUGAUCAUGAUCGUUUAUCCUGGAAUCA